ACAUCGAUACAUGUAUACAGAUCGAUGUUGUCGCGAGUUGCGAAUGAAAAUUUCUCACGCUCACGGUGCACGUUUCUUUCCGACACAAGGCGUAUUCUGAGUGUAUCAAAAUGUUGAUGCCAAAAAAGAAUCGUGUGGCUAUCUAUGAGUACCUUUUCAAAGAGGGAGUUAUGGUAGCAAAAAAGGAUUAUCAUGCACCGAAACAUCCAGAAUUAGAAAGUAUUCCCAAUCUUCAAGUCAUUAAGGCUAUGCAGUCUUUAAAAUCUAGAGGGUAUGUGAAGGAACAAUUUGCUUGGAGGCAUUUCUACUGGUAUCUUACAAAUGAUGGUAUAGAAUAUUUACGUGGAUACUUGCAUCUACCACCUGAAAUUGUGCCCUCAACUCUCAAAAAACAACCAAGGUCUGAAACCACGAGACCAAGACCUGCUGCGACUAGGAGCGAGGGAUCGAGACCAACGGAAGAUCGAGCGGGAUACAGGCGAGGUCCGGGUGGUCCUCCAGGUGCCGGUGACAAGAAAGCUGAUGUAGGCGCAGGUACAGGUGAUCUUGAAUUCCGUGGUGGUUUCGGUCGUGGAAAAGCUCUUCAGUAACUUUCUUUUUUCGUAUAAUGAAAUUUUAAAUAAAUAUUAUAAAAUAUAUAA